AUGAGCGCCCCAGAGAACAUCAAAGAUCGACAUCUACUAUGUUGGCGAGAAGCCUUUAUGGCGAAGCUUUACGAUAGUGGAACACCGUACGGCAGGGAGGAAUCCGACAAGCUUCUGCAACGCUACGACGCAAUAACAGAUGCUCCUUGCGUUAACUUCUCAGACGAGCUACUUGCCGCCUACCCUGACGCAAAGGUCAUCUUGUCGAAACGAGAUCCAGAGAGAUGGCUAGAAUCAAUUCUGCGCUCGUACCAUGCAGUGAUUGAAUCUCGCGUUUUUCGAAUAGGCGCAGCCAUCGAUCCUGCGCUCAGCAUCCUCGACGAAGUCUUCCGCCUCGUCCUCAUCGACUGGACAGGUGGCGAUUGGCGCAAUCGGCAAAAGCUCCUGGAAGCAUAUCAUCGCCACAAUGAGCAUAUUCGCCAGAUCGUGCCAAAGGAGAAUCUGCUGGAAUGGGAGCCGAGAGAUGGUUGGGGCCCCCUGUGUGAGUUUCUCGGGAAGGAUGUACCUGACGAGCCUUUUCCGUAUGCGAAUAAGGGAGACGAUGUUGCGAAUGGCGUGAUCAAGGCGGCGAGGUAUAGGAUUGCGAAGUGGGUGUUGGGGAAGUUGAUUUUGCCUGGUCUGAGUUUGGGAGUAGUUUUGGGCGGAUGGGUGGUUUACAGGAGGAUUUGGGCAUGA